GAUGCGGAAAGGGGGCUCAGUUGCCAACCAAACUAUUGCGAUCACGUUUCUUACAGAUCACUGACUUCCUGCAUGCAUGAUUCAGAGCAACUACAGAGUCUGGUCCUGGAUAGUAGGCAAGUCUAAAACCACCUAAGUUCAGGGGCAGUGGAUAUCCAGAAGAUAUCAAGGAGUCGAUGUCUCAAGAGCCAAUGAAAGUAAUUGUAAAGGACACUUACUACUCAUCCGAGAAGACGAGAUGGGGACUGACGAUAACAUCACCGAGCCGCGGACGGUAGCUGCCAGACCUCGACCCACGGUUUCGCCGCUCCGAGCUCUCCCCGCCUGCCCCGCGCCUGUUUAACCGGCAACGAACCUCGUCUUUCGACAGCGCCUGCUGCAAAACAACAGCUUCCCAGCGAGAAACCCACCGAAUAAGACUACCUGCACAAUCAACAAUCGUCACAAUGGUCGAGCACGAGCCUGAGCCGAAGCGCUUCUCUCCCAAGAUCCCCGUCCAGCUUGACCCCCCGAAAUAUGAUCCCAUAACCGUUGAGGAGCUGGCCAAAUGCGAUGGUACCGAUCCUAACCGUCCCACCUUGGUUGCGAUCAAGGGAAUCGUUUUCGAUGUGACUCGGAAUCAGGCAUACAGUCCUAGUGGACAGUACCACGUCUUUGCUGGAAAGGACCCCUCCCGCGCCCUCGCCUCUUCGUCGCUCAAAGCCGAGGAUUGCAAACCCGAUUGGUAUGAUCUGGAGGACAAGGAGAAGACCGUCCUGGAUGAAUGGUUCACGUUUUUCAGCAAACGCUACAACAUUGUGGGAAAGGUGCAGGAUGCUACGAACUACUGAAGUGAGGAGAUGAUUAGCAGCGAUGUUUUGAGAUAAUCAACCUUUCUCUAAUGCAAGGAUUAUACCCGUGGACUCUACUUUUACGCGAGCUACUGUCAAUGCAAAACUGUUGUCGA